AUGAAGCUUAAAUUGAGCAUUUUGGCUGUAUUUGUUGCUUUUCUUGGUAUAUUGAGCUUUAUUUUUUUAGUGGUUGCUAUUGGAACCGAUUUCUGGUAUAUAAUCGAUGCUUCUAAACUGGAAUUAAAAAGGAACUUCUCAGAAACCCUCAGCUCCCACUCAGGACUUUGGAGGAUGUGUAACUUUAAGGACAAGUGUUCUCCUCUGAUAAAUCCUUUUUGGCACAGCAAUGUAAACUUUACGGAUUCACAAAAGCAACUUUUAAGUAUGCAUGGAACUCUUGUAAUUCUGCUGCCCCUUAGUCUCAUCCUGAUCAUUUUUGGAGGAAUGACUGGAUUUGUUAGUAUACUAGCAAGGGCAUAUCUGCUAUUGCUUUUAACUGGAAUGUUUUUUCUAUUUGGAGCACUAGUGACUCUAACGGGAAUUAGCAUUUACAUUGCCUAUUCUGCUGCUGCAUUUAAUUAUGUACUGUAUUCCUCAGGCAGUGCAAUUCUGUCUGAAAUUGACAUACGGUUUGGAUGGUCAUUGGCUUUGGCAUGGAUAUCUUUCAUCACAGAAAUAUUGACUGGAAUGGCCUUUCUCUUGGCAGCUAGAGUUACUGGCCUCAAACAAACUGGAGAUCAGGUUAUAUAA